AUGAAGAAGGUAUAUCUUGCUGCAAUAGCAGGAAACCUGGGCAUGCUGACAAUCGGUCAAUUUUCGGGUUGGACAUCGCCAUCCUUAUCUGUAUUGACGAAAGGUAGCGAUGCCAAAUAUCCCUUUCGUUUGACUGCGGACGAGGCUUCUUGGGUGGCAUCCUUUCUUACGCUCGGUGCGACUGCAGGUUCCAUUAUCUGUGGAUUUAUGGUCAAUGUCAUUGGCAGAAAAAAUACGAUGCUAUUCACAGCUUUGCCUUCGAUAAUCAGCUGGUUGAUGAUAGCUUUUGCAACGUCACCGUGGGAACUAUACAUAUCAAGGUUUAUAUCCGGAUUGAGUACGGGAAUUGCUUAUUUAGCCAUGCCGAUGUACUUGGGUGAAAUUUCACCACCAGACAUUCGCGGUAAUUUGACAUCCAUGUUCACAGUGGCUGGGAAACUCGGCACUUUAAUAGAAUUCGUGAUAGGCCCGUUUCUAUCGGUGCAAAAUCUCGCUUUCGUAUCUUUAAUAGGGCCAUGCUUGUUUGUGGCUGUAUUCAUUUGGCUACCGGAAUCUCCACACUUUUUUUUGCGCCACAAUAACAGGCAGAAAGCCAUAAACUCGCUUAUUCAAUUGAGAGAUAAUAAAGAGAAUAUUCACGAAGAAAUAAACAAUAUUGAGCAGUACGUAAAAGCUGAUUUGGCUAAUAAAUCUGGUUUUCGAGAACUUUUAUUUGUGCCGGGAAAUCGCAGAGCUGUAAUAAUACUGCUGUUCCUGGUCUGGAUUCAACAAUUCAGCGGUGUUAAUGCCGUUAUACAGUACAGUCAAAUAAUCCUGGACCGAGCGAAUACUAAUUUGGAAGGCAAAUAUUUAACUAUGAUAAUAGGUGCCAUACAAAUGAUUUUUACAAUCGUCUGUAUGUUUCUUAGCGAUUGCAGCGGCCGGAGGUUGCUGCUGAUGAUCUCCGCCGCUGGUGCAGCAUUGUCAACCUGUAUGGUCGCGAUAUAUUUCAAUUUAGAAUACAGUCAUAUAGAUACUAGCAAUAUAAUUUGGUUGCCUGCUAUUGGUACGAUUAUGUAUGUAAUCAUGUAUGGUUUGGGCUUGGCCCCGUUACCUUUCACCAUGGCCAGCGAAUUAUUCCCGACAAAUGUGAAGGCUCUCGGCAUAACUACCAUUUUAACAUUCAUGCAUUUGUGGGCCUUUACCGUGUUAAAAUUGUACAUGGUCAUAGCCGAAAGUUAUGGCACACACGUACCAUUCUGGAUAUUCACUAUGUGCAGUCUUGUAGGUACUUUAAUCGUGCUCUUCUACGUACCUGAAACCAAAGGUAAGACUUUGGAACAGAUACAAAAGGAGUUGCAUGCCUCGUCGAAGCAGUGA